CAUACUUAAAAUAUAUAAGAAGAAGUACACUAGCGAAAAAGGACCUCAUCGCCUUCAUCGCUGGACAAUUUUAUCGUUCAUUUCUUGGUCUCGAUGAAUUUAUUGAAUUUACAAUUAUUUUUCUUGUUCGUAUGAUUACGUCGGUCAGUCAGCCAGUCAGUAUUUUAAAACUCAAAUGUUAUUGUUUCUUUUUGUUUGUUGUUGAGUGAAAUAGAUAAAAAUAAGAACCUUCAAAUUAAACAAAAAAAAGAAGAAACGAUCAUUUCAAGAUGAACAAGCUGUGUCGUCAAUUAUCAAUUGAAUCCCCCGGAUCAGUUGUUAAAAACUGUGUAUUCAAUUUCUAUGUACCCAUUCAGGAUACUCCACCAAAAGGUGCUCGUAUUAAGAUUGUUUGUGCAGGUGCAUGCUACAAACGCAAUAGAUCUGCUUCGAUUUCAUCAAUGUCAUCAGUUUCAUCAGAGCUUAGUGACUACAAUCCAACAACAACACAGCAAUCUUCACCUGCUCAUCAGGGAUUCAGGGAAGGAUCACUUUUUUCGGGCUUUGAAGUAGCCGGUGUUAUAGAUUGCUUGGGUACAGAAGUCGAUUCUGAUUGUCAUUUGAAAAUCGGACAGCGCGUUAUCGUUUAUCCAUUCGAUGAGGAUCCAGCUGGGUAUGCUGAAUUGAUGGUUAUACCCGAUUUAAAAUAUAUAGUACCGAUACCCGAUGAGUUACCUAUGUGUGUUGCUGCAAUGCUGCCAACUGGUGCCUUGUUGGCCAUGAAUGCAGUAUUUAAAGCCCAUUCAGUUGUAACUAAGAUUCUUGAAGAGCGCAAAGAACGUUGCGUAGAAGAGAAAAAGUGCAAGAUUUUAAUUGUUGGCACAGGUGGUUUGGCAUUGUGGGCAGUAAGAAUUGCAUCAUAUCACUUUGCCACUUCAGGUGCAAAUAAUUUAGUUGACAUAACCGUUGCAAGUUUAAGGGAUGAAGGUUUUCGUUUGGCUACUGAAAUAAAGAACGUAAGUGUUGUACAGUGGAAUGAAUGCUUAUACGAACCACAAUUAAUUGAGAGAACAAAGAACGUUUGUGGAGGUGCAGUUGAUGUUGUUAUUGAUUUCGGAACCACUUCAAGAAGUCUACAUCGAUCCAUAAAUUGUUUGUCAAUGGGAGGUGUUGUUCUCAUAAGCGAAGAAGUAGCUGAAAAACUCCUUCCGAAGUUCGCUCGUCUGUCAAGUGAAAAUCAACAAGAAAUCAUACCAAUAUCGAAUGGAAGCAUACAACAAUUACAUGAUCUGGUUGAGUUAGUUGCAAAUAAAAAGAUUCAACCACCACCAUAUUCAGUAUUUCCAUGCGAUCAAGCAUCCGAUGUUGUACAAAAACUUUGCAAUUCAGAAAUACCUGGACGUGCAAUACUUCGAUUUCAUGACAUUGAAUAAAAAAAUUGAACAAAUAUAUAAAUCAUUAUAUCUAUUACUCAGAAAUGUAAACAUUUUUCAAUACCAAAACUUUUAUCUUUAAAAAAAUAUUAUUAUUAUUAUUAUUAUUAUUACUAUUAUUAUUAUUAUUAUCAUUAUUAUUAUUAACAUUUUUAUUAUAAUUAUCUUUAUUUUUAGUUUUUGUAUUUAUAAAAUAUAAACUAUAAAAAUUAAUAACGUUUAUUGGCAUCAGAAAAAAAUCGACUGCUGUGUUUAAUAGCAAAAUUAAAUUUGUUGCACUGUUAUUUAUCUGCAUAGACAUAUUUUGUAUAAAGAGCCUUAAAGCGCGAAUACCUUAUUUACCCAAACAAAAAUUUGUAUUGAAAAUGGAAAAAAUGAGACUGGAGUUUUUAUCAGUUACAUCCAGGGUAUGCAUUUAAAAAAAAAUAUCUCACUUUCAUUUUUGGUAAGAUUAUCGUUAAAAUCAACUUAUGUUUGCAGAUAUAAAUUUAUAGAGUUUACUACUGCUAUGUAUUUUGAAUAUGUCUUCAUUAAAAACUCAUUAAGCGUUGUAAAACAAGUGUUGCAAAAAACUACCAAGUUAAUAAAUUUAUUAGUUCAUUCCUUGCCCAAUUUUCAGUAUAGUAUUAACCUUUAUGUAUUUAUUUUCAUAAUCGAGUAUGAAGUAAAAUGAAGUAUAUAAUUGUCAUGAAAUAUCUUCAAAUUUAA